GCUGCUCGCUUGCCUGCAGAACUACUACUGAUACCCAGAAAUAUUGAUCCAGAGAUAGUGAAGUUCGGGUAUGGUGAGUCCAGAUAUGACUGUACCCAAAAGGUGGUGGUAUUGAAAGAUGAUGAUUGUCGAUUGCAAUUUAAAAGAAUGCUCAGCGUUCCAAAAAAUAUUUUACUCAAUUGUCUAUCCGCACCACCAGCUUUUACUGAGCCAUAGAAAUUCGUCAUUCAUUAUAUUCCAUCCUAUCACAGCAGUCCCGCUUUUCGUCAUGCUCAAUGACACAGCUGGGAAAGGUGUCUUUGGAGGACUUACCUGUCGAGUUCCAACCUGUAGCCCACGACACCAUGACGAAAGCCCCCAAAAACCGUCACCCCCGACAAAGCGGGCUGGUCUUCAGUCACUCCCUUCCAUUACUGCGUCGGAGGUCGGUUCCUAAUAUCAGAAUUUUCUCCCAGGGCUCAAAGCCACAUCAAUCCACUACAGAUCCAUCCGAUCACAAGGUUAUCAGUCUUGACUUCCUGGAGUACGAACAGCGCCUGGGAGGAGCUCAUGUCCACGAGGACGGGCUGCGAAUAUCAAGGUACUACAAAGGAGCAAAUAGACCGACUGCCGCAUCCAUACCUGCCUACUGGGGAUGGUUACGGGCUACACAAUAUCAAGCGGUAGCUGGAAACUGGGUAAUUCUUUGGUCCAAGAACAUGGCGAAGCGGUCAGUUAUCGUGUGGAAUGGAUGCCUCGGUGCAUUAUGCUCUAUCUUUGGCUAUAACUGAAGCAAGAUGGUGAGCUUUGGCAGGCACUGGGAUUUCUCUGUGAAGGGUGGCUCUAUAAAGUCCGGUCAGUUACCAGAAAGGCAGAUAGAAUAGCAGUAGUCAAUAUCAU